AAUUUUUUUUUUCUAGGGCAGCUCGUUGGCUGCUAAAUUUUUAUUUUUGCAUCGUCGCCGGCGUCAACAACAUGAACGCCUCCGACGAUCACUACAUCAUAAAGAAAACAGAUAAUCUCAUCGAAGCAUGUUAUUACAUAAAAAAGAACGGCCAUGAUCCUUUAUGGCGAGAUCAUAGCUCUUUGAAUACUUCCCUUCCUUUCUUGUUAACCCAGCUUUUCGUCGUCCUUUUUGUUGAUCGGAUUCUCUUGCUCAUCCUCAAAUACUUACGUCAGCCUCCGAUCGUGGCUCACAUCCUCUGUGGGGUGUUGUUAGGCCCCACGAUGCUGUCCAGGACCUCAUUCUCGAGAAAGUACAUCUUCCCUCACAAAACAAUAUUGGUGUUAGAGACAUUUGCCAACUUGGCGUUGACAUAUUACAUGUUUUUGGUUGGGUUAGAGAUGGAAUUUACACUUAUCAUGCAUGCCGGAUCUCAGGUAGUAAGUAUCGCCGCCGCCGGGAUUAUUUUCCCACUGCUUUUCGGUUUCGGCUUAUAUUUUAUAGCCGUAACAAAAUCCGACCAUUUCGACAGUAGGGGUUCAAUGUUUUGGGCCAUCGCGUUAACAGCAACCAACUUCCCGGACCUAACAAAAAUCCUCGCCGAUCUCAAGCUCCUCCGUACAAACAUCGGUAAAAUAGCUAUGUGUUCCGCCAUUAUCAGCGAUAUAUUCACAUGGUUCCUCCUUAUAAUGGCAAUAUCAAUCUUCAACGGCCAAAAAUACAACGCUGUACUCUCUACCGGCAUUUUCAUCCUCAUAUCUAUAUUCGCUCUCCGUCCCACCGUCGCUUGGCUAAUCGAUCGUACCUCGAGAGGCGAAAUCAUUAGUGACACCCAUGUUUGGUUCAUUAUGGCCGGGAUUUUGCUCUGUGGGUUGGCAACCGAUGCUUGUGGUUCACAUUCUAUUGUGGGUGCUUUCAUGUUUGGAGCUAUUUUGCCACACGAUGACUCUGUUAGAACCAAGAUUUUAGAGAGGCUUCAGGAUGUCGUCACCGGAUUAUUGAUGCCUUUGUUCUUUUUGAUCUGUGGAUUACGGUCUGACUUGAGGUAUAUGUUUGAAAAUACACCAUGGGAGAUGGUAUUGAUUGUUAUUGUCAUGUCUUGGGUUGCAAAGGUUGCUAGCGUGUUCUUUAUUUCAUUGCAUUACAAGAUGUCGACAAUGGACGGUCUCGUUCUGGGUUUGCUUAUGAAUACUAAAGGUGUGUUGGCUCUCAUCGUCCUCAAUACGGGCCGAAACAUAAAGGCUCUAAACAACCAGUCAUUUCCAUUGAUGGUUCUUACGCUACUGGUAAUGUCAUGUUUAAUAGAACCCAUAAUCGCAUUAGCCAACAAGUCGACGAAGAAAAUCACGAGACACAUGAAUCGGAGCAUCAAAGGAUCGGAACCAGACACGGAGAUACGUAUCCUUGCUUGUGUCCAUUCCAUGCGUAAUGUAAUGGGAACCAUUAGUGUCCUUCACCUUUCUAAUGGCACCAAUGAUUCAUCACUCUCCGUCUUCGCUAUCCAUCUAAUUGAACUAUCGAAACGAUCCACAACCACGAUGCUCAUCGUGCACGACGAUAAGAACCAUGACGAAGGUCGGUAUAAUAACCAGUCGAAAAACGAAACGGCUAAUAUCAUCCGUGCGUUCGAGAAUUUGGAGAAAACCAACAACGCGGUGGCGGUCCAAACGAUGUCGGUUAUAUCGCCUUACGCUACCAUGCAUGUUGAUAUAUGUAGCUUAGCUGAGGAUAAAAGUGUUAACCUUAUAAUAUUACCGUUCCAUAAGGAAGUGAAAGGUGAUGGUAGGAUGGGGAAUGGGAACUCGAAUUUCGCUAAUGUUAACAUGAACGUGUUGACGAAUGCGCCAUGUUCGGUGGCGAUGAUAGUCGACCGUGGCAUGGGGUCGAAAAUGUUCGACUCACAAGAGAAAUUCCCCGGUAACUUUGCUCGACAAAUCGCGAUGUUAUUUAUCGGUGGACCUGACGACCGAGAGGCAUUGGCUUACGCAUGGAGGAUGGCUAGUCACCCUGAUGUUUGUUUAACGGUGGCUAGGUUUGUCGCGGGUGAACAAGCAAUGGAUUUAAGCCAUGACGUUAGUGUCAACCGUGAACGACGGAUCGACGAUGAACAUAUAGAAGAUUUCAAAGACAAGUUGAUGAGAAAUAUCGGUAUAAAUUAUACAGAAAUGGUUGUUCACAAUGGAGAAGAAAUAAUAGCAGCUAUCAGAUCAUUGGGUGAAGACUUUUUUGAUUUGUACAUAAUAGGAAGACGACAAGGGGAAAUAUCUCCGGUGACUGAAGGACUGUCGGACUGGGGAAGUUGCCCGGAAUUAGGGUCAAUCGGCGAUACUUUAGUAUCGUCGAACUUUGCGUUGCAUUCAUCGGUGUUGGUGGUGCAACACUACGUUUCUACAGAUGCGAUUCACGAGAUGGCCGAUGGUUCUUCGACUUGUUCUUUAGGGGUGGGGACGAAGCAUGAUGUUCAAAGAUAUGAUUUUUAAAGUCAACGAUAUAUAUUUUUUUCUUUAUUUAUUUGCUUCGAAUGAAAUGAAAUGCCGAAGUUUUCAUUAA